UCCGGGAGGUGGACCCAAACGAGGGGCUGUCCCAAGGGGACCGGGCUUGAGGUGGGGCUGCCACGUCCCCUCCAGUCCCCACAGUGGACUUAGGGCGUUGGGGGUGGGGGGGAAGGGUGGUUUCCAGGAGGAGGACGCCCAGUGCGCACUAGGGCCAGUCCGGGGCGCGGGCAGAGUGAGACUUAGAUUCUAUCGAUGCUUGCCUUGCAGCCAGGCCGGAGCUACGCGCCCCUUGUCUGUCCAGCGGUUACUCUCCCCGGCCCCGCCGUCCAGCUGACCCGGCCGUCGGCGAUGUUUUAUUUCCACUGUCCGCCACAGCUAGAGGGCACUGCACCCUUUGGCAACCACUCUCCAGGAGAUUUCGAUGAUGGGUUUCUGCGCAGAAAACAGCGCCGGAACCGGACGACAUUUACUCUUCAGCAGCUGGAAGCUCUUGAGGCAGUUUUUGCCCAAACACACUACCCUGAUGUCUUCACCAGAGAAGAGCUGGCCAUGAAAAUAAACCUCACAGAAGCCAGAGUGCAGGUUUGGUUCCAGAACCGAAGGGCCAAAUGGAGGAAAACAGAGAGAGGAGCUUCCGACCAAGAGCCAGGAGCCAAGGAGCCCAUGGCAGAGGUGACACCCCCACCUGUGCGAAACAUCAACUCCCCGCCCCCCGGGGACCAGGCCCGGAGCAAGAAAGAGGUCCUGGAAGCCCAACAGAGCAGCCUGGGGAGAACUGUGGGUCCCACAGGACCCUUCUUCCCUUCUUGCUUGCCGGGGACCCUCCUGAAUACGGCCACGUAUGCCCAGGCUCUGUCACACGUUGCCUCUCUGAAAGGGGGCCCACUGUGCUCUUGCUGUGUCCCAGACCCCAUGGGGCUGUCGUUCCUCCCCACCUACGGCUGCCAGAGUAACCGCACGGCCAGCGUGGCCGCCCUGCGCAUGAAGGCUCGCGAGCACUCGGAGGCCGUCCUGCAGUCCGCCAACCUCCUGCCCUCGGCCAGCAGCAGCCCCAGCCCUGUGGCCAAGCCGGCGCCCCCCGAUGGCAGCCAGGAUAAGAACCCUCCCGCCAAGGAACAGAGCGAGGGAGACAAGAGUGUAUGAGGGUCUGGAGUGUCCAGGCCCGAGGCGCCCUCCCCUGCCCCCUGCUUCUCCCAGCCUCAGCCCCUGUGGAAAACUCCCCAAAAAGCAAAGGGAAGACUACGGCCCAGGGCCUCCUCACGGACUCAGGAAGGGAAGUGAGACCCACGGCUUCCUCGGCAUCUGGAGAGUGCUUCUGGAGUCCUACCGGCGGGGCUGUGUUGUCCUGGCUUCUUUGGUGACAAGUCUGGAUGGAACUCAUGGGCACCAGAGCCCAUUCUGUGGUGAGACCGUUGGGGUUUCCAUCUGGGCCCAGAAGUCUUGGAGGGAAGUAGAGUUACUCACCCCCUCGCCUUCCUGACCCUUUCCUGGGCUGCCUUUGAAGGUCUUACCAACCCAAAGAACUGCGGCAUGGGCCAUUCUUGAGAGACAUCCAGGGCUGAGUCUUGCGCUCCGAAGCAGGGCCGUGCCGUUACAUUACGCACCAACCGACUCUCAACUGCCUACCAUCAAGACUAGCAGCCGUCGCCCCCUUCCUCUUAUUGGAGGAUAUUGGUUGUAGGCUGGGUUAGGUUAGAAGGUGAGCUGUAGGGUGAGGACGGGCUGGCACAGCCAGGCCUGGGGGUGCCCACUGGGCACUUCCGGCAAGGGCAGCUGGGCCAAUCAGACAGGCCACGGGCUCCGUGAGCCGGGGCCACCAUCGUGACACUCCAGGCACUGGCCAGUGUGGGCCCUGUCUCUCUGGACCCGACCUCUAGGUUGAUGGGAAGCUGACCAGCGACAAGCAGUACUCUGAUCCAGGGGGAGUGUGUACAGCCUUUGGGCAGGACAUCGCCCACGGCCGUCUCUGAAACGAGUACACAUCGGAUGAACUACUUUUCCUCAGGUCCUCAGCACAGGGAGGCGGCCUCUCCGGUGGCGUUAUUUCUUUAUUUUUUUUUACAGAAGGAAAAAGAAAGUAGAAACAAGACGAGAAGGGUGUGUAUGGAGAAGUGGAGCACGGGGAGGAGGGCUUCCUUGUGGUGUGAACAGAAUGAAUUCCAAAGGGCCAAAUUUCACAGAGAUUUCGGUUUCGAUCUAAUGGGUGUUGUUUUCUCUCGUGUGGAUAGUGAACUUGAAGAGAUCCAAGGGAAAAUGUGCAAUAGCGUGAUCUCUGUCACUCCCCUGGCAGGGGGGUCUGGUACCUAAAAGGUUGCAGUCUUUGGUGGCUUAGUGAUGGCGUUUCCAUGAAAACCGUUAUUGCUUUUAUGACAAUUAUUUUCCUCUCAGUUAUUAUAAUCAAAAUGUUCUACCUUUGGAUCACCCUGCUCCCCUUUUUACUGACCCCCAGACACCCCCCACUAAUACUCCCGAGUGUAUGGUGCCUCGUUUCCGAUUACCGCAAAGCAUUUGAUAAAAUACACUGUCUCCUUAAAAAAAAAAAAAAAAUCAAAUCCUUCUUCCUGCUGUAUUUUGCUUGUUGAGUACAAAGAUGAAACGAUUUGCCAAAAAGCGGCAGAGUCGCUUCCGUUUCCCUGUAAUUACGAAUGUUCGGUUGAACGAUGUAAGCGCAAGCCCUUAUGAACACUAACUCUUCAAUCUAAUUGUUUGAUUAAACUCGUAUUUCCUCCAGAAAGGUACAUAAAUAAGUGAACUGUUGAGCAAAUUAAGAAUACUUAACAGCAUUGCAUCUGAAAAGUAGUUACGCUGAUUAAAUUUUGUGUCCUUGAGGACUUUCAGGAAAUUACUUUUGAUCGUCAAUAACACAAUUAAGUAAACUACACACACAUUAGCAUGAAUAAUUGAUAAGAAAUUAUGUAUUACCACGAAGCACUGAUUUAAUAAUUCAUGAUGCGACACUCUAGUGACUGUGCAAAACUGGAUAACAUCGAAAAGUCUGCCUGAUGUUACUGAAAGAAAGGAAAAAAAAAAUCAGCACCAGACCUCUGCAGAGAUAUCGAGUAGUUUUGUUGUACAAAGGCAAAACGUAACCAUGCAUGAUGUAGUUUCUGUUUGUUUAAAUACCCGAAUAAAUUUAGAAGAGUUAAAAAGAAAGACAUGAAAAGCUCAGGUUCUCUCUUUGUUCCUCUUGGCGCUCGGGCAGCAGGCCUGAGUGGGGCGUGCUCCUCUGCUUUGGCCAGCGUGCAACUGGAGAUCUUUCCGAAGCUUCCAGGCAGA